AUGAACAACAUUUCAGACUUUUCGCCUUCAGAAAUGUUGGCACUAGCGAUAGUGUUUAUGAUAAUAAUAAUCAUCGGUUUCGUUGGCAACACAAUCGUCCUCUUUGUUAUCGUAUUUAAUCGACAGCUUCAUGAUAGGUAGGUUAUGUGAUGUUUUCUGAGUUUUACGCUAUAUAUUAGAUUAAACUUGUUACAAUUUUUCAAAUUUUAAAAAAUUUAAAAAAUCAACAGGGGGACCAAGCUCAAUUUUUUCAAAGUUCAAAAAAUUUCAAGAAAGUUCAAAAUUUAAAAUAAUUUUUUUCUGCCAUUUCUAAUUUUAUUGUAUCUAUACAAUAACAAAAACUCACGUCCUUGUACUAAAAUACAUUUUUAUUCAAUUUAAGGCUUCAAACUUGUGUAACCCUUAAGGUUUUCACUGUUUAUGUCUGUCCACUUUAUGUUUUGUGGAAAAGUAUAAAAUACAUUUUUAAACUAUAGUAAUAGGGUUUAGUCUACCACGUAGAUAAAAUAAAUAUUAUUGGUAGAGUAAAUUUUAUUUUACUUUGUAUGUAAUUAAACAAAAUGUUUUAUUGAUUGCACAGUGCAAUAGGCUUAAAUAUCUUUGGGUCUAGUUCAUUUUCUAAAAACUUUUUGACCGAGUUUUUGUAAUAUUAUCAUUUCUAAUAUGAUAAGGUUUAAUUUUGUCAUUUUUCAAAAUUUUAGCUUUAGUCAUCCUAAACUUAUGGCAGUUCAAGCUUUAUCCACUGCACAGUGCAAAAUUCAAAAAUUUUUGAAAUUUUUAAAAUUUUAGAUACACUAUUUUAAAUAUACCCAUUUUCAGUACAAACAUAUUAAUUUGCAACCUGGCGCUAGCCGACCUGUUAUUCAUUACAUUUUGUGUUCCAUUAACUGCCUACAGCUACAUUUUCCAUUGGGAUUUCAGUGAGAAUGUUUGUUAUUGGAUGGUCACGUUACAGUAUGUAACGUGCUAUGUUAGUGUCUGGACGUUGGUUUUGUUGGCUUAUGACAGGUUUUUUGGUGAGUUUUUUUUGUUGUAGAAUACGGUGCGCUUUCUAAAGAAAAAAGUUUGAACUUUUUCAAUACAUUUUGUGACAUUUCGUUACACUAGAAAGUUUCAUAAAAAAUUACUAAAAAUAAUACCAAGAAGUUCAUAAGUGUAUGUAAAAAUUAUUUUUAAGACAAAAAUGUUCCCAAUAAAUUUUGUGACAUUUCGUUACACUAUAAAAUUUUGUAAAAAAUGAUUAAAAAUGAUAGCAAGAAAGUCAAAAAUAAUGAGAAAAAUUAUUUUGAGAAUAAAAUUUUUUCCAAUAAAUUUUGUGACAUUUCGUCAAUUUUUUAUAAGUGCUAAUUUAGCCAGUAAACAACAAAAAAUUGUUGUUGAAUUGUAAAAUACGGAGUUUUCGAAUAUUCCGAUUAAAUAUUCGGAUAAAAACAAUAUAAAAAGCAACUGAGAUAGAUAAGAACUGAUCGAGAUUAAGGCUUUGAGAGAAGGAGCCCCGGUAGCUUAAUAGGUAGAGCAUUCGUCCGGUAAACGAAGGAUGAAAGGGUUCGACUCCUGCCUGGGCCACUUUUUCUCUCAUAGUCUAAUAUCUCUUUAAAUUUCUACAGAAUUUAAAAAGUGAGUAAUAAAUUUUGUGCCAAAAUUUAAUAAACUAAAUCAAAAAAAUCUACAAAAACCUUUAUUAUUAAAAAAAUCUAAAAAACCCCUUAUUUCAGUCGAUAACCUGCCCAACCCGGACGAUGGGGCUGCGUCGCGGUCAUUGUUGCAUUUACAUGUGUAUAGCGCUAUGGUUCAUCAUUUUCUGUUUAAAUUUGCCUAAUAUGGAAAGCGUGGGACUCAUACCAACGGGCGUUAAUGUAAGUCCUAUUUGAAUAUUGUUUACACUUUUCUACCGUGGGAAUGUUAAACAAAAAGAACAUCAUUUGAAUAGACACAUUACAUUAAAAAAGGAUACAUUCGGCCGAAGCGGAAUUAGCAAAAAAUGACUUUUUGGAGAUUCUGCAGGGUUCUCGAAGUUUUUUUUGAAGUUUAAAUUUUUUUUGAAUUUGAGGUUACUUUGAAACGUCUGCAGAAAAAAAAACAAAACAAAGUUUGCACACUCGACAUGAAAAGGGGGCUCACUAGGCCUAUUCUUCGGGAGGACAAAGUUGGGCUGGGCUGGGCUGAGCUUGGCUUGGCUGGGUUUGGCUGAAAAAACAUUAAAAAACAAAAAUAACCCACAUCUUAAUCACGCCAUUCCCCGAUAAAUUUUACUGUUUCAGUCAUCCGUCUACUACUGCGUGGACUCGUUGGACAUUGGCUUUGCGGAAGCGAGCCUUUCCAAGGCCCGGAUCUUCUUCUGGGGCUUUAAUUUGGGCGCCUACGUUCUACCAUUAGCCCUAUCUACCGUAUUCUACCUUCUACUAGUCAAAGCGUUAUGGAAGGAGAAGCUGACUACAUCCAAAAACAGUCAACGUAUGAAACGGCACGCUACGAAGAUGGUCUUUACCGUCAUCAUGACCUUCGCCUUCUGUUGGUUUCCACAAAACUUUCGCUUUUUCUUCCGCGGCUUCAGCUACCCUGACAUGGCGUUCUGGGAGAAGGUGCCACAACUACUGUUCAUCAUUCAGACUUCUGCACAGAUUCUGGCCUACGCCAAUUCGUGCAUAAAUCCAAUUUUGUACGGAGUUUUAAGUGAACGGUUUCGAGUUGGAGUACAACAAAGUUGGAGGAGGUUGACUGGUUGUGGAAGUCGAAGAUCAAGUGGAUUUGACAAUUAUAAACACAGCUUGUUCACAAAGAACAUGUUUGAUGUUAAGACACCGUCAGAGUCUGCGCCGAGGUCAAGGACUUCACCUAGAGGAUCUUCAGAAAUUAGGUAAGAGAAAUUUUUGGAUUGGGCGUGGGUUUUUAGUCAUAAUUCUGAAUCAUCUAUGAAAUCUUGAUUUUGAGUCUAAGCCAGAGCUUGAGUUUGAGCUUGGUAAUGUGCCCAAGUUCGAGCUUGACUUUGAGGCUGAACCUAUGUCGUAGCCUGAGCUUGAGCUUGAUCGUGAUCUUAAUCUUGAGGUCGCGCCUGAGCUUGAGUCUGAGCUUGAGUCUGAGCACGAGCAUAAGCAUGAGCAUAAACGUGAGCAUGAGCAUGACCAUGAACAUGAGCAUGAGCAUGAGCAUGAGCAUGAACAUGAACAUGAACAUGAACAUGAACAUGAACAUGAACAUGAGCAUGAGCCUAAGCUUGAGAUUAAGCCUGAGUCCUGAGCCUGAUUUUGAGGUUGAGCCUGGUCUUGAACUUAAGCCUAGUCAUCAGAAUGAGUCUGUGCUUGACCCUAAGCUAGAGCUUAAGCUAGAGCCUGAGUCCAGUUUUAGACUUAGUCCUAGCCUUAUUAGCCAUAGCCUUAAUUUUAGUCUAGUUUGCAUUCCCAUAACCCAUAUUUUAUAAUCCCUUUAAAUUGUACUUUAAAAGCUUAAUUAAGGGCUUAAAAUUCCAGCCAUUUGUCAUAUUACAAUCAUAUAAUACAACAGACGCCUACAAAGCUGUUUGUCAUCAUAAUGCCUAAUUAAGUUUUAAAACUUAAUCCUUGAAACUUUAUUGUAAAACAAGUUUUAAGCUAACAAAAAAAAAACAAUUUUCGAUUGAUAUGACAAAUAUUUUCUUUAAAUUUUUAAUUAAAAAAUUGUUUAUCGUUCUGGAAAAGUGACAUUUUUGUUUUAUCACAGUAAAAGUAAGCUUAACAUUGAUUGGAAUUAAGUUUAAGAUAAGCUUUAGAUGCAAAAAGUUGUUUGUUAGCCAAACAUCACUUUUUUUAUUGUAGUACACAACUUUUUCUACGUUAUAGUGCACAAGCUUUAAUGAAAAUUUGGUUUAUAACUUAUUAUUAAUUGAGUGCCCUUGGUAAGUAUAUGAUAAUUGAUUACAUUGUAUAUUAAACUUUAAAAAUAUAGUUUUUUAAUAGUCAAAAUUUAACAUUUGUUAAAAGAAAUGAAUAGUUUUUAAAAAUUUCAAAAUUUAGGUAACAUUUUUGAUCUUUUUGAUUAGAAAUGAGAUUUUUACGACAUUUUUAGUUAAAAUGUAAAGUUAUAUGACAAUUUUCUUUAGAACUAAAGAUUUUGUGACAUUUUUAAUUGUAAAUAAAGACUUUAUGCCACUUCUUAUUCGAAACAAAGAUUUUAUGACAUUUUUUAUUAGAAAUUAAGAUUUGAUAACAUUUGUCAUUAGAAAUGAAGAUUUUAUGACAUUUUUUACUAGAAAUCAAAAAAAUUUUAAUUCAAACCUGAAGAAAUGUUUUGUAGCACCAAAUGGUUUUGAUGUUUUUCAGUUGAUAAUCUUCAUGUUGACGCAGUUUAUCAUGACUCUGUAAUCUGGCUAGUAUUAGAGGGGGAUAAUCCACAGUUUUUAAAGUUUAGAUUCUGUAUCGUAGCCUUCUUGAGGAUACACAUUAUCUAUGGCUACAUGAUAUCUUAGACUAUAUAUAUUAUCUAUGGCAUACUCUGAGUUUUACGUACUAUUUAGUAAUAUCUUACAUGAUGAUUUAUUGUAUCGUACUGUACUUUCAAAUAUCUCUUUAAAUCACUUUAUCUAUAGUACUUACUACGUAUCUACUCCUAUAUGAUUCUAUCUAUAGCACUUACUAUACAUUUACCUCAAUAUAUAGCCAUACAUGACAAAGUAUUAUCCAUGCCACCCAUUAAAGUUCAUAUUUCAGGAAAGUAAUCCCAACGUACGCGUCCGAAUGUACUGAUGUUACUGGAACGACCCCAGUGUCACAGCGAACGUCACUGCGCCAGACGGGAACGUUGUUGCCAGUUAUAGCUCAAAUGCCCACCAUGGAUUACGAUCAGGUGUCUGAGUCGGCUUCAGUAUUAUUGUAG